UCAGACAUCUGUCAAAAAAAAUGGCGGAAGGGUCAGAGGAAGGAGGUUCGAUGGAUGGAUCAAGUAAUACUAUCACAUCCAGCCGAUCCUCACCUCCAAGCUCACCCAUUAAAUACUCUAGAUCUGGCCAGACGGUACGAAUACCUGUUACUAGAAUACGAUGUGGAAAAUGGGAUAUUCGCAGUGAAGAAAGAUGGCUASAAUACACACCUUCUUGUACCUCUUUAAAAAUAGUCUUCCAUGACCGACAACACUUUGAUCACGAAGAAUGUAAAUUAUUUUACUUGGACGAUAUAUCUGCCGCUGAUCUGAGGAUUACUACUAAGUUUGGGUGCCUGGAUGCAAUGAACUGCGUAUUAACCUUAGAAUGUAUGAGAAAAAUAGAAAUCUCGGGAAGCGAUCAAGACAUCAGCUGUGUUGAUGCUCUAGUGGCAGAACUAACAUUCCAUGUUAACUACACUGGGCAAGUUCGAGACAUUAUGCGAUCUCUUAGACAAGCAAAGAUAACUGCGGAUGCUGAAACUCUUGAUCAAAACGAACACGAAUUGCUGGAUUACAACAGCUCCAAACUACGCGAGGGACUCCCAGACUGGGUUCAGUACAUUCCCAUUAAAGUGUACACACCCUUUGUCCGGGGAACCAUCGAGUUUGUUCUUACUUUCUAUACCAUUUUUUCAAUUCUGUGGGCCUUAUGGCAACUAUAUCGCCAUGUAGAUUUUAUACGAGCUUAUGUUCGCCCGGUCAUCGAUAUGCUUAUUUUUCAGAUCAAAUCUCUGGAGAAGUUCAUUCAAGUAGCUAAUACCGUGUUUGAGGAAUUCACCAAGCAAUGGCUUGCAUACCUAAAACCAGUUUAUGUUAUCAUUUCUUCCUUUGCUACGCCUUUGGUUGCAUGCGGUCAACAAUUGUUCUCAGCACUAUCCAGUUUAUUAGAUGUAGUCAGAGUCACCUUUCAGCCGUUCAUCAGCAUAUUUCAACCGUGUUUUCAUGUGUUGGGAAUUAUUUUUAUCAAAGCACCAACAGCCGUUCUGAAGCCCAUGUACRAUAUAUUUACUACAGUAUGGUCUGUUGUGCGUGAUUUACUUGGACAAAUGCUAUAUUCUUCACGAAUUGUUGAAUUUAUCAAGACCUUUUUCCAAACGCUUGGAGAAUUUUUUGAAAGGAGCGUAAGACUGGACCCUCUAAGAGCUCAAUUGAUUCUUAUGAGGUCUAAUGUUCUGAACAGUGGAAAGGCUGUUGGUCUUGGAAUGGUGUAUAUCUACAAAACCAUUGAAAGAAGGGUGUGGCUUGUUUUUAGGAGAACACCUGAUGACAAAGAAGACUGACUUUUCAUUUAUUACAAAUGUAACCCACAAAUUGCCUCAACCAAAGAAAAUAUUUAUUUUUUAAAUUAUUGCAACAUUAAAAACUGGGCAGGGUUUUACAUCCAUCUAAAAGAAAACUUGAAAGUUACAUGUAUAUGAAUAUGUGGUUAAGCAAAUGAGUGUGGAAAAAAAACAUGAAUAAAUUCUGCUCUGUUGAUGACUGA